AUGCCUAAAGUAAGACGGGCCCGAAGUAAGCCGCCCCCCGAGGGCUGGGAACUGAUUGAGCCGACACUCGAGGAAUUGGAGGCAAAGAUGAGGGACGCGGAGACGGAGACACACGAAGGCAAACGCAAGACUGAGUCCUUGUGGCCUAUCUUUAAGAUCCAUCACCAGAGGAGUCGCUAUAUCUAUGACCUCUUCUACAAGAGGANAUUGGAGGCAAAGAUGAGGGACGCGGAGACGGAGACACACGAAGGCAAACGCAAGACUGAGUCCUUGUGGCCUAUCUUUAAGAUCCAUCACCAGAGGAGUCGCUAUAUCUAUGACCUCUUCUACAAGAGGAAAGCCAUCUCGAGAGAGCUGUACGACUACUGCCUUAAGCAGCGGAUCGCAGACCAGGCGCUGAUCGCGAAGUGGAAGAAACAGGGCUAUGAAAACCUGUGUUGUUUGCGGUGCAUCCAAGUGCGGGACACCAACUUUGGCACGAAUUGCAUCUGUCGAGUGCCGCGAGAGAAACUCGAAGACCCCAACGGAACCACUCGUGAGUGCGUUCACUGCGGAUGUCGUGGCUGUUCUGGUUAG